UAAUAAGCUCUUUGUGUGUGUGUGUGUGUGUGUGUUAGACACAUCUGUACUGAGUACUGAGUGUUCUUGUGUGUCUUAUUUAUUGACCUUAUUCUUCACUCGUGUGUGCGUGUAGUGCGCAAGCGCUGAGAUCCAUGAUGGAUGAAGGAGUUUAUGAUGUUGUGGAUCAGAAGAGAUCUUAGCAGGAACUUCAGAGGAACAACACACAGAGAUGGCGAGCGAUCGUAUGGCCAUCCUCACUGACGAUGAGGAGGACCAGAAGAGGAGAUACGUUCUGGCUGAGCCAUUUAAUACUUUGUCACUGGGAACAGCAAACAGCACCCCGCCAAGCCAAACACCAUCGUCUACCUCAACCGAAUCGCCGCCCCCUCUGUCCUCUUCCAGUCCAGACUGCUUGGAGCGGGUCUGCCUGAAAAUAGAUGAGCGCCUCCUCAUCUCCAAGAUCUUCUACUUCUUCUUCUAUGCUGCCUACGGUUCCCUACACCCCCUCUUGGCUGUCUAUUACAAGCAGCUGGGCAUGACUCCGAGCCAGAGUGGCCUCCUUGUUGGGAUCCGCUACUUCAUCGAGUUCUGCAGUGCACCAUUUUGGGGAAUUGUAGCUGACCGCUUCAACAAGGGCAAGGCCGUGCUGCUGUUUUCCGUCUUCUGCUGGGUGGUGUUCAACUCUGGCAUCGUUUUCGUCAAACCGGCAAACAUGACCUGCAUAGAGAUCGGAUUGCAGAACUUAACGACUCCGAGUCCCUCGGGGAACCACACAAGUGACAACACAAGCAUGUCUCUCUUCACUACAACUACACCUAAAGAGUACACAAUCGUUUUCGACAAAAGCCAAGUAGAUACCAUUUUCCUUGUGAUCUUGCUUGUGAUCAUCUUCGGGGAAUUCUUCAGUGCACCGGCUGUGACCAUCGUCGACACAGUGACCCUGCAGUACCUGGGAAGGCAGCGUGACCGCUAUGGCCUUCAAAGAAUGUGGGGUUCUUUAGGCUGGGGUAUAGCCAUGUUAUCUGUCGGCAUCUGGAUCGACCACACACACAUCAACUUGAUCGUCCAGGGGGCUGGCUGCAUCCUGCCAGACUACAAGAACUAUCAGAUCGCCUUCAUUGUCUUUGGUGUGCUGAUGACUUUAGCCCUUAUCGUUGCAACACAGUUCCGAUUUGACUCCAGGUCUGGGGCUGAUCCAUCAGAACCGGAUGUGAAGCAACAGGUGGAAAUCCCUCAUGUGGUCCAGAACACAUCUGAGUCCAGCAUGGAGGAAGUCCCAGUGUGUCCCAGGCCUAACAACCACCCUGGGUUUCCAUUCAAGGACAUGAUCCGUUUGCUGUGUGGGAUCCGGUACGGCUCCGUGCUAUUUGUGGCCUGGUUCAUGGGCUUUGGUUACGGCUUCGUGUUCACGUUCCUGUAUUGGCAUUUGGAGGACCUGAAAGGGACCACCACAUUGUUCGGCGUGUGCUCUGUGCUUAGCCACGCCUCUGAGCUCGCCGCCUACUUCAUCAGCCACAAACUCAUCGAACUUGUUGGCCACAUCAGAGUCCUGUAUAUCGGGUUGGCCUGUAACACCGCACGCUACCUGUAUAUCUCCUACCUGGAAAACGCUUGGGUAGUUCUUCCCAUGGAGGUCCUUCAAGGUCUGACCCAUGCGUCCGUGUGGGCGGCGUGUAUCUCGUACCUGAGCGCAGCGGUUCCCCCGGCUCUGAGGACAUCUGCACAGGGAAUCCUGCAGGGCCUGCACCUGGGGCUGGGGCGUGGCUGUGGAGCCAUGGUCGGAGGCGUGUUCGUCAACUUCUUUGGUGCUGCUGAAACGUUCCGAGGUUUAGGAAUGGCGUCUCUGAUCAUCCUGCAUUUUGCCCUGAUUCAGACCCUCAUCGGGCCGAGCGAUAGCAGGAGAGACCCGAUGCUAGCUGAGAACAUUCCGGUACCUUCGAGUCCGGUUCCCAUCGCCACCAUCGACCUGGUGCAGAACCAGGAGAUGAAAGUCGAGACCAUCACCAACGCCGAGGUCAAAACGAACACUGCCGCAGCCCCUGCUCUCAAGAAGACCAAGUUCCAGGAAGAGCAGGAGGACGUGACCAAGCCAGCAUGGGUGGUGUCCACGUCCCCCUGGGUUACCAUGUCCUACGCCCUUUACCAGAUCAAAGAAAUGAUGUCCUCCAUCAGGGGCAACCGUCCUCCGGGGGAGUUCGGCCCACAGGGGGAAGGUACUGAGCCGGUGUCUGCAGCCCCAUCUGCUGAAGAACCUCCUCCAGGUGCUUUCACCAGUGCUCCAGAGCAGGUCUCUUCUGUUGAUGCUCCUGAACAACCAAAAUCUGAUCGCCCAGUCCCAGAUCCCCCGGUCGUUUCCGUUACCCCGGUCUCCGAACCCCCAGUCUCCGAACCUCCGGUCUUCGAUCCCCCAGUCCCAGAUCAUCCUAUCCACAAUCGACCAAGCUCUGAUCAUCCCAUCCCCGAUUGCCCAGUCUCUAAUCACCCAGUCCCCGAACGUCCUGUCCAAGAUGGUCCCAUGUCCCAUCACACAGACUCUGGACAACCAUCAAAAGAUCCACAGAAGAUCUCCACCAAAGACCUGGGGCCUGCACCCAUACCAGACUCACUCCAGAAUCCCCCUGACCCAUGACAUAUGCACACAGACAAAAAAAAAUCACUUUGUAAACACCUUUAAAUGUAAAUAAGCGAGUACUGUACAGGUAUCUGGACCGAACGCUGAUGUUAGUUAAUGCAGUAAAUCAUGCAUCGAUUUGCACUGUAAGGUCGGGGUUUACACAUUACAACAUUGCGACGCACACAAAACGUUUACCCCUACCGUAUUUAUUAUCUCACACCACAACCACACCACGUUCUUCACAAUUCUGGGUUUUUAAUGAGGCUGCUUUCACACUCGACAUCAACCAAAACCACGUUUCUUUAUUACGUUACCUGACAGUUUAUAAAUCCCCAAAACUGAGCAUCGAAAAAAUACGAGGAACAGCAUUUCUUCAGCCUGAGGUCAUUUCCUGUUUACUGAUUGAUGCACUUUGCUAACCUGUCUGAGAGCGAAACUACAAAGCAAAGCUAACACGAAGCCUAGAAUGUAGCAAUUGAUUUUCCCGCCGAUUGAUUAGUGCGUUACUAGGUUUAUUUUUAUUAUUAAUUAGCAAUACAAAGUAGCUUUUUUUUUAAAGUGACUUCAUAAGGCCACGCCCAGUCACACUGCACACCCGCAAGAGAAAAACUCCGCUAACAGAGUUUAAAUAAUGAAAAUGUAUUACCAUUCCAACCAAAACACUGUCCUGGUUUCCUCUGCAUUACUGACCAUCAUGACAGGAUGCUAGUCUAGUUCAAUAGCAGACACUAGCUAGCACUAGAGUGUGAACAGAGUUGCUACGGUAACAAUGCUACAAGCAUCACAUCAGCUAUUUUUCCCCUUGUAAAAUAACUUUAAAAACAUUCCUGAGAGGAAAAAAACCUGGAAAGAAGAAAGAAAUUAUUCUAGAAGGUACAGACCACCACCAUCAUCACCACCACCAUCCUCAUGACCUCAAUCCAUGUUUCUGUUAACAAUAAAAGUUUGAUGAGAGAAA